UGAUUGCGUAUGCGGAACCUGUCGUAUGUCUGAAAUUUUCAGAAAUCUGUACAGUGGGCAGACAACGGCACGGUGCAAAGCUGCCUUUAUACCAUCUGCGCCUGCAAGGAGGAGGUGGAGAGUAGGAGGCACACCGGAGAAAGGCUCGCUACAGAAUGGAUGAAAGUAAAAAAGAAGGAAAUACGGCAGCAGACGGCGUUAAUGGGCCGGGGGGAGCGCAGACGCGAGCUCAUACGGAUGAGCUCGUACGGUCAGUCUCACUGCACAGCCGCAGGCCACUCGUACUGCACGGUACCGUGUUUCCGUUCCUAUUCCUCUACCCGGGCUGUUUGUAUAUGUGGUUUGGAGUUUACGGUGCUUCCGAGAACGUCGAGGCCGGCCUACUAGCACUCGCCGCUAUCGGGAUCGCGCACGUCCUGACAGUGCUUUCAGGCUACUGGUCAGUGCACGCGCACUGCUGGCUCACCUGUUCUAAGGAGUCUGAUCCAAGCAAGGCUUCUUUUGCCAAGGUCAUACCGACACCGAACAACGGUUCAGCCGAAUUAGUGCCUCUUCUAAGGGAUAAGGAUGAGGAUGGAGAAGAAAUGCUGUGUUUCGAGUUCCAAAAGAUCCGGUAUGUGUAUGACGGCAAGGAAGAGAGGCGCUUUUUGCAGGUGGCGUUUCCAAUCAAUCAACCCAUGAGUUAUUUCCAAAACUGGAAAGGCUACCAGGAGGAGUUUCAGUUACGUGCUGCAGAGAAGCGUUAUGGGACUAACCGUGCAGAGAUGGUGGUGCCGGACUUCCUGGAGCUCUUUAAGGAGAGAGCCACGGCACCCUUCUUUGUUUUCCAGGUGUUUUGUGUGGGUCUGUGGUGUUUGGAUGAAUACUGGUAUUACAGUGUUUUUACACUAUUCAUGCUGGUGGCAUUUGAAGCAUCUCUGGUGCAACAACAGAUGAGGAACAUGUCAGAGAUCCGCAGGAUGGGAAACAAACCUCACAUGAUUCAGGUCUAUCGAAACCGAAAAUGGAGACCUAUUUCUAGUGAUGAACUGGUGCCUGGAGACAUUAUCUCUGUUGGACGGUCUCCCCAGGAUAACCUGGUUCCUUGUGAUGUUCUGCUGCUGAGAGGUCGGUGUAUAGUGGAUGAGGCCAUGCUCACAGGAGAGUCAGUGCCUCAGAUGAAGGAGCCUGUUGAGGACCUGGACCCUGAUAGGAUUCUGGACCUGCAAGCUGAUUCCCGUCUGCAUGUUAUCUCGGGUGGAACCAAAGUGGUUCAGCACAGCCCACCUCUCCGAGCUACUGCAGGGCUAAAACCUGUAGACAACGGUUGUGUAGCUUAUGUUUUACGGACAGGAUUCUACACUUCUCAGGGUAAAUUAUUGAGAACGAUUCUGUUUGGAGUGAAGCGGGUGACGGCGAACAACCUGGAGACGUUCAUAUUUAUCCUCUUCCUAUUGGUUUUUGCCAUUGCCGCCGCUCUGUAUGUUUGGGUAGAGGGCACAAAGGACGCGAGCAGGAACAAAUAUAAGUUGUUUUUGGAGUGUACUCUGAUCCUGACCUCAGUAGUGCCACCUGAAUUACCCAUCGAGCUUUCACUAGCUGUUAACACAUCUCUUAUAGCGCUGGCCAAACUCUAUGUGUUUUGCACCGAACCUUUCAGGAUUCCCUUCGCAGGGAAGGUGGAGAUCUGCUGCUUUGACAAAACCGGCACCCUGACAAGUGACAGCUUGGUAGUUCGAGGUGUAGCGGGGCUCAGAGAAGGUAAAGAGGUCACACCAGUGUCAGAGAUCCCAGUCGAAACGCAUCGGGUGGUGGCCACGUGUCAUUCUCUGGUAACGCUGGAUGAUGGACAGCUGGUGGGUGAUCCGCUGGAGAAGGCUAUGCUUACCGCAGCAGACUGGGCACUCACUAAAGAUGAGAAGGUGUUUUCUCGCAACAUAAAGACUCCAGGGCUGAAGAUCCAUCAGAGGUUUCACUUUGCCAGCGCUCUGAAGAGGAUGUCGGUGUUGGCGUCAUACGAGCGUCUGGGCUCUACGGAGCUCUGUUAUAUCUCCACUGUUAAAGGCGCUCCAGAGACACUGAGAGACAUGUUCUCGGAGUGUCCACCCAGUUAUGAUGAGGUGCACAGAGAGAUGUCACGGGAGGGUGCCAGAGUCCUCGCGCUGGGAUACAAAGAGAUGGGACACCUGAGCCAUCAGCAGGUGAGAGAGGUGAGCCGUGAUAUGCUGGAAUGUCACCUAAAAUUUGUAGGAUUCAUGGUUGUCUCCUGUCCACUCAAGACUGACAGCAAAGCUGUAAUCAGAGAGAUACAAGAGGCCUCACAUCAUGUUGUAAUGAUAACAGGUGACAACCCUUUAACUGCUUGUCAUGUGGCCAGAGAGCUGCAUUUUAUCCAGAGAGAGCACACGCUGAUACUACAACAGGCACCCGGUCAAGGCGAUUGGCAGUGGGAAUCUAUAGACGGUUCUGUGCACCUCCCUCUACCUCAUGCAUCAGUCUCGGAUCUGAUCAGGCGCUAUGACCUCUGUGUGACGGGUGAAGGGCUGACCAAACUGUCCUACGACCCACGAUUGCUGAACGCCCUGCUUCCUCAUGUGCAGGUCUUCGCUCGAGUUAGCCCCAAACAAAAGGAAUUCGUCAUAACUAGCCUAAAGGGACUGGGUUUUGUAACACUAAUGUGUGGUGAUGGAACAAAUGAUGUUGGUGCACUUAAACAUGCCCACAUAGGUGUGGCCCUGCUGGCUAACGCCCCAGAGCGUAUACCAGAGAGGAAGAAGAGAAAUAAAGACAAAGAGAUUUCCUCUGUAGAUCCCAGACCUCCUCCAGUCACAAGUUCAGGGAAACUCACUUCACGUGGAGCCAGACAGAGAAUAAUUGCACAGAGAGAGGAACAGCUCGCUGCACAAAAGGAGCGAAUCAGUCAAGUACUACGAGAAUUAGAAGAAGAUCAGAUACAAGUGGUCAAACUGGGCGACGCGUCCAUCGCUGCUCCGUUCACAUCUAAGCUGUCCUCUAUUCAGUGCAUCUGUCACGUGAUAAAACAGGGCCGCUGCACUUUGGUGACCACCCUGCAGAUGUUUAAGAUCCUAGCGUUGAACGCUCUGGUGCUCGCCUACAGUCAGUCUGUGCUUUACCUGGAGGGGGUGAAAUUCAGCGACUUUCAGGCGACACUUCAGGGCUUGCUGCUGGCCGGCUGCUUUCUGUUCAUCUCGAGGUCAAAGCCUUUGAAGACAUUGUCGAAAGAGCGGCCUUUACCCAACAUCUUUAACCUGUACACUGUCCUGACAGUGCUGCUGCAGUUUGCAGUCCACUUCUGCAGUUUAGUGUAUCUGUAUAAAGGGGCACAAAGCAGAAGCCCACCCAGGGCAGAUCAGUUUGUAGACUUGUACAAAGAAUUCGAACCAAGUCUCAUAAACAGUACUGUAUACAUCAUGUCAAUGGCAAUGCAGAUGGCUACGUUUGCCAUUAACUAUAAGGGCCAUCCCUUCAUGGAGUCUCUCCGAGAGAAUCGGCCCCUGCUAUGGAGCAUCGGUUUAUCGGGGCUUGCCAUAGUUGGGCUGUUGUCGGGGUCAUCACCUGAAUUCAAUGAGCAAUUUGCCUUAGUAGACAUUCCAACUGAGUUUAAGUUAAUAAUAGCCAAGGUCUUGGUUUUGGAUUUUGUCGCCGCCCUGCUGGUGGACAGAGUUCUGCAGUUCCUGCUAGGUAAAGGAACCCUGAGGUUGCCUAAGUGAACUUUUAUGGCUGACAGUCACCGAAGCAGCUUCUGCCCCUAGUGACCAGUCUGUGAACAGGAUUUACAGGACUGCAGUACUUGAACGGUGGCAUUUCUGCGAGAUCCAAAAGGAGGAGCGUGAAACUCAUUACUAUAACACACCUCAGUGUUUCCAUUUCUCUCUUGUCUCUGUCUUUGCUCUGACUUUAAUCUUUUAUCUACAUUUUCUUUCUUCUGACAUCUUCCUACUCACAUCCCCUCCGAUCUAAAGGCCAAGAAAACUACAGUAUUGUGUUGAAGGAGAGAGUGUGUUUUUAGUGCGGUUGAAGCACGCAGCUGUGGCAGGAGCAUUCUGAAGACAAACUUUAAAGUGUUUGUUUUUUGUUAUGUUUUCAUUUUGUAAAAAGACAGAUCUGUGAAAAAACAUAUAAAUGACUAAAAAAUGCU